AUGAAUGGAAUGACCAGUUCAUGUACUUCAAUUCUAAAGCUUGAAGUGCUUUUCAUUUUGGUGAUAUUCACUGCAUGUAUAGCAGAAGAACGAGCUUUGUUCAUGGUUAUGAUGGAAGGAAAGCCCGUUGCAUUCCAUGGACGUAGUUCUCAUUCUCAUGAAGACAAUCGUUUUGACCCAAAAAGUGAGGUUUCCAAGGCCCAUGCAAAGCGAUUGGUGGAUUCUCACGACCAACUUUUAAUGACGACUUUAGAGAGAGGAAGCUACAGCAAGCUUUACAGCUUCAAGCACGUACUUAAUGGCUUUGCCGUCCAUACCACCCCUUCUCAGGCCUCAAAACUCAAAUAUGCUGAAGGAGUGAAACUAGUAGAGAAAGAUAGAGGAGCCAGAUUGAUGACAACAUACACCCCUGAAUUCCUAGGACUACCUCAAGGAGUUUGGACAGAGGAAGGAGGAGAAAGAAACGCUGGUGAUGGAAUUGUGAUUGGUUUUGUGGACACAGGCAUUGACCCAACACACCCGAGCUUUGCUUUUGACCCCCUUAACCCUUUUACCUCCAAUAUUUCUUCUCAUUUCUCUGGUGCUUGUGAGUCUGGUCCCCGGUUUCCCGCCACUUCUUGCAAUGAUAAACUAAUCUCAGCCAGAUUCUUCUCUGCUGGGGCUCAAGCGGCUGCUACUCUCAAUACUUCUGUGGAUUUUCUUUCACCCUUCGAUGCAGUUGGACACGGCAGUCAUGUGGCAUCAACAGCGGGUGGAAAUGCUGGAGUUCCGGUGGUUGUAAAUGGCUUCUUUUAUGGACUAGCCAGUGGGAUGGCACCUCGUGCCCGAAUCUCUGUGUACAAAGCUGUCUAUCCAACUGUAGCAACUUUAACGGACGUGGUUUCAGCCAUUGAUCAAGCAAUACUAGAUGGAGUGGACAUCCUAACACUAUCGGUUGGACCAGAUGAACCACCUGAAGAUACAGUCACAUUUCUUAGCAUAUUUGAUAUUGCCAUGCUUUAUGCCCGACGAGCUGGAGUUUUUGUGGUCCAAGCAGCAGGCAACAAAGGCCCAGGUCCUUCCACCGUAGUGUCGUACAGCCCGUGGGCCGUAGGAGUAGCCGCCGCAAGUACAGAUAGAAGCUACCCUGGUUGUCUUCUUCUUGGAAAUGGCCAAGAAAUUGGAGGCGUCGGAUUAUCAGGACCAUCUUUUGGAGAUGGGUUUUUCUUACUUAGGCUGGUAUUAGCAAAGGAUGCUGUGAAGGCAAAUGGAUCCUUUCCCAAAACGGCGGCGUAUAUUGACGAGUGUCAAUAUCCGGAAGCUUUUGACCCAAUUGUAGUCAAAGGAAGUAUUGUGAUAUGUACCUUCUCGGAGGGGUUCUUCAAUGGGACCUCCACUGUUACCGCCGUAACCCACACGGCAAAAGCUUUAGGAUUUUCAGGUUUUCUUCUUGUAGCGAAUCCUACCUAUGGUGAUUUCGUUGCCGAGCCUAUACCCUUUGACGUUUCUGGCAUUUUGAUCCCAAAAGUAGCUGAUGUUCAGGUUAUAUUGCACUACUAUGAAGAACGUACAAAUAGGGACGAGAAAGGAUGUGUAAGGAGAUUCAGGGCGAAAGCCUCAAUAAGGGAAGGAAGAGUUGCUUCUUUCAAUGGCCAAGAACCCACUGUUAGCAGAUUCUCUUCGAGAGGACCCGAUAUUAUUGAUGCGGAUAGAAACCCAACUGAUGUUUUAAAGCCUGAUAUUCUAGCCCCUGGCCACCAAGUUUGGGCAGCGUGGAGCCCCAUGAGUGUCUUGGAACCAGCACUAGAGGGAUUCAGAUUUGCUUUAUUAUCUGGUACAAGCAUGGCGACGCCACACGUUGCUGGAAUAGCAGCACUUAUAAAGCAGCUCAAUCCUUCAUGGACACCAUCCAUGAUUGCAUCCGCCAUUGCCACCACAGCCACUAAGUAUGAUCAAAACAAUGGAAGGAUUAUAAUGGCUGAAGGAUACGGUAUUAGUAGUUUGUAUCCCUCCACUGCUUUUGAGUUAGGUUCUGGCCUUGUCUCUCCUAAGCGUGCCAUUGAUCCUGGCCUGGUAUUUUCUUCAGGAUAUGAAGAUUACAUUGCUUUCUUGUGUUCAUUGCCUGGAAUGGAUCCAGCUACAAUAAAAAAUGUCAUUGGAGAAAGCUGCAAUUACUCGCUCACUCACCCGGACAAUCUGAACCUGCCUUCAAUAACAAUUUCAGCAUUAACCGGAUCUAGAUCAGUUCGUCGAACUGUCAAGAAUGUACAGAGAAUGCCAGAGACUUACCUCUGCGCAGUGUUGCCUCCCAAUGGGACUACAGUAAACGUGCAUCCACCGUGGUUCACUAUAGCUUCGCAAGGAAGCCAACAGUUGGAUGUUGAAUUUAGUGUGACCAAAAUAAUGGAUGACUUCAGCUUUGGUGAAAUUGUUCUGACCGGGAGUUUAAAUCAUAUUAUCAGGAUACCAUUGUCAGUUCAUCCUAUUAAAGUAUAGAGACAUAAUGAAGA